AUGGAGUCACCUGGAAAGAUGACCAAAGGAAAUGUGGGAAACACCCUGAGACGCUUCAUGAGAAGGAAAUUUAUCCUUCGUCCAGACAAACACAUCAGAGUACGGAUUGUUUCGAAGCCACAACCUGAUGGCAGUGAACACAUGAGCGCAGAAGAUUCUCCACAGCUCGCAGCAGAGGGAUCAGAUGAUGCCAAUAGAGGUGAAGGGAAUCGGGCUGAGUGUGGCAUUUAUAUUUCUAGGAGGUCAAGGGGUGUAGAUUUUUCUUCAGGAGUUGAUUCUGUGGAAGAAGUCAUUGAUGUCCAUUCAGAUGCUUUAUCCAAGGAAAGCGAUCUCUUUCGCAGGUUAUUCGAGGAAAUGGAGAAAGAAUCACAAGGAGAACCUCCAACUAUACAAAUUGAAGCGUCUGAGGAAAACGCCUUCAUUAGGCUUCUGGAGUUCAUUGAUUCUUCCAUUGUGCCAUCCUCAUCUUAUGAAGAAAUUGUGGAUUUGCUGCUGGCCUCAGAUGAGUUCCAGGUUCGUACAUGUGCUUCGGAAUGCAUAGACGAGCUGGUGUGGAAGCCAAACCCGGAACUCUCUUGCUUCAAGCUUUGUGAUAAAGUGCACUGCGCCAGUACAAGAGAGUUACUAGCAAAGAAAGCGAUGAAUUUUGUUAAUAACACUAUGAAAGAAAACGAAGAUCGUAAUAGACUGAGCAUUGAGAAUGAACUUCUUCAGCUUCCGUUCUCCGCGAUCAAGGCUGUCUUCUGCAUUGACAGUCUGGAGGUUGAAUCAGAAGAUGUUUUGUAUGAUUUUAUGCUGUAUUGGGCUCGGAUCCACCACCCAAAACCAGAAGACCGCUACAGUGCCAAGGAAUUGCAUCUCGAAUGCCUCAUCCGCUUCACUUACCUGACACACCAAAAGCUGGAAGAGGCCCUCCAAUGUGACUUCUUUUACCCUGAAUCCAUAUCCAAGGCUGUCGCUGAGGCCCUGCUUUUCCAAGUCGGUGGGACAUACCAUGGUGGACUCGCAUCGAGCAACCUAUUUCUUGAGCGGCAUUACAAGCGCCUGCCCAUAGUGGUUACCAGGCUUCGGUUCCCAGAAUUUGACCGGUGCGAAGUGUAUUUUAGCCUUACCGAGGAUGAGUUGGUGAAAAUGUAUAACUUGCAACUAAAAAGAAGAGAGACUCGGGACUUCCAGUUUGGCCACCAACUCUUCCAUCUAGUGGCUUCCUGGAAUGAGGACAGUGGGGAAACUUGUUUUGGGUUGAGCAUUACUGCCAAGGCAAGACCCUUGGAUGAUGUUGUCUAUACCAUUAGGUUUCUAGCAAAGAGAGAAGUACAUGACAGGGCGGAGUUUUCUGAGGUAGGCAGUGAUACUUUGAUUCCUUCUAGUAAGAGUAGUGCUGGCAGUAAUGACCUGAUCCCUGGCUUCUGGCCAGAAUUUUUCAGCUGCACUUGCUGUUACAUGAUUGCUGGAACUCUUCGCCUAUGCGUGGAGAUCACUUGCAAACGGUGA